AUGACCGCCAACGACAUACCUCACAUCCCAGACGACGUUACCCUGCCCCAAUUCAUCUUUGGAACGCACUAUCUACGACCAUCCCGUCCUAAAAACAUUCCCUGGUUGAUUGACGACGAAUCUGGCCUUCGGUACGGAGAAAGCGAGCUGAAAGAGAGGUCACUCGCGUUGUCGAGUGCCUUGCAGAAACGCUUUUUGCUGAAAUCCGAUGACGUUGUGGUGUUGUUUAGUGGAAAUCACAUAGAUUACCCCAUAUGCAUCUGGGCAAUUCAACAGCUCUUGGGCAUUGUAUCGCCAAUAAAUCCUGGUUUCACCGUUCCCGAGCUGACCACGCACCUUCGAGCCGUGAAGGCUUCCGUCGUGAUUACGCACUCGGACGUGCUACCGACUGUAGAGAAAGCCGCUCAGCAAGUUGGAAUACCACUUGAUCGAAUUGUUACCAUUGACAAGGGUAACCGGGUCUCAAUCCCCCAAUUGCUUGAAGAGGGUCGAUCGCUACCACCUCCGAGGGAAUUCAAGCUGAAGCCGGGUGAUAACAGAAAACAAAUCGCAUUCCUGACUACUUCCAGCGGAACUACUGGUCCUCCCAAGGUCGUGAAGAUAUCCCAUUACGCUGUGAUCGCGAAUGUUCUCCUUGUGGCCGCUCACAACAAAGUACACCUGGAUUACACCCAAUGGCCCGAAAAACGUUAUAGGGUAGGAGACAGCUGUUUUGCUGUCUUGCCUCUCUAUCGUGAGUGCCUGUCUAUCUUGCGAAUACGCUGCAUUAACAAGGUCGAUGCAGAUAUCUAUGGUCUUGACCUCAUUCUCCAUUUCAACAUAUUCGCAGGGAUGUCCGUAGUCAUUGCACCAAAGUUCAACUUUGCGAAGAUGCUGUCAAGUAUUGUCCGGCAUCGAAUCACUCAUUUGAUGAUAGUUCCUCCACAAGUAGUCCUUCUCUGCAAGGAUCCCAUUGUGAAGAACUAUGACCUAUCCGGUGUGCGUGUCGUGCUUUGCGCCGCCUCGGCUCUUCCGGCGGAGCUGUACGAACAGCUCUCAGCCUUACUCCCCCAUGCACAUAUUGGACAGGCAUACGGCUCGACCGAAGUCACUGGUGUCGCCUCAAUGUGCCCGAUCGGCGACAAGAAGAAUCCGUAUGGUGGAACGCUCAUACCAGGAGUAACAGGAAAAGUUAUCAAGCCCGAUGGGUCACCUGCUGCGCCCAAUGAAGAGGGAGAGCUUCUCAUCAGGACCAUUGCCUCUGCUUCUGGAUACUUGGAUAAUGAAGCUGCCACCAAAGAGACCUUCUUGGACGACGGCUGGAUCCGGUCGGGGGACAUUGUGAGAAUCGAUGGUGCUGGGAAUAUUGUAGUCGUGGAUAGGGUCAAGGAAAUGAUCAAGGCACGUCUCUGA